CUCUCUCUCCCUUACUCUCUCUCUCCCUUUCUCUCUCUAACUCACACUCGCUAUAGCUGGUGAACUCGCCGGUACUUUUUUUGAUAACUGUUGAUCCUGUUUGUGAAUAUAAGUGUAAAUGAAUCAAUCUCGAGGCUGAAGUGGUGUACCAGAUAACGAAGGAUUAAGUGCUGGAAAUUAUCGGAGUAGAAGUGCAGAUUGAAAGGCAGAAAACGAUAGAGGAAAGAAAAAACAGCGAGACCCGUAAUUACCCGGGGCUCUGGGUGGCAUGGCGCGUGACCUGGGGGAUGACCUCGUGGGGGAUGACCUGGGCGACUGGGAUCCACGGGUAGAAGAUUUCAUGGGCGUGGGGGGCGGGGGUAGGGGAGGAUGGGGAAGGGGGGCAUCUCACCUCCUCCCCUCCCACCUCCCCCCUCACCUCCCCCCUCACAUGUCUCCUCCUCACCCCCCCAACAGGGCAGUGAGUCGUAGGCCUAGAGGGUUGUACGUGAAGAAUAUUCCCUCAACAAUGAACGCCGAGAGUCUGAGGCGCCUGUUCAGUGAGUUUGGGCGUGUGGAGAGCGUGGUCAUGGGGCGUGUGAGGGCCGACUCGCCUAAACCGCGGUGGGCCAUCGUCAACCCGCACAGCACCAGGGAUGGUUUGGAGAUGCUGUCUGCCCUAAAUCGACGUCCUCCGCUGUGUCUGUCUGUGUCUCCAGCUAUUAGCCCAGAGGAGAAGAGGAGACAGAACAGGGAGAGAGAGGAGGAGCAGAGGUUUUUCGAGGAGGUGAGAAGAGAGGCCCUGGCAGCAAGGAGCAAAGACGUAACACCUGUGAAUAAGGCGGACAGGGAUGACUUGAACACCACUAUCACCACCUCGGCAAGUGACAUCACCACCACCACCACCACCAGCGUGCCACAAUCAACCACUACCACCGUCACCACCACCACUGAAACAAGCUCAACCACACCCCACAAUAAGAUCUCUCAGACACCCUUCGAGGUCAGCCAUGGCAUAGUGGAGGUGCCGUACCGUCCCGCCGAGCCUUGCGUGAGGUGUGGGGCGUCAGGGCGGAUGGUGUGCAGCGUGUGUGGGGCGUGGUACUGCGGGAAGGUGUGUCAGGAAACCCACUGGCCGCUGCAUGAAGACUCCUGUGCUGUCGCCAAUCCGUCGCCCCUCGCUGGGAUAGAUGAUUCUCCCUCACCUGUCUCUCCAGAGGUCCCAGAGUGCUUCACAACGGACUGACUGAGACGCUUUGAAAUACCCCGCCAGCGAAAGUGCUCUCAUCGCUGCUCUCUGCAUAUAUCAAGACGACUCAGGUGAGGGUUUUAUAAUGCUGUUCGUAGUGUGCUUAGUUUUGUUUGCUUAGUAAGGGUAAAAGCUUGUGUUCUUAAACCUAUCAGCACGUCGGUUUGCAUGUUUUAACCUGGUAGCAGCGGGGAUCAUGUUUCUUAAUGGUCCCCCUAAGCGAGAAAAAUCAUCACUCACACAAGCCAUUUCAUAAUAUAUAUCAAAGCAUUUCCAAUCAGUUUAUGCAUCAUCUGUUUUGGGGGGUUUAUAUCAUGGUACAAAUUUGACCCGUCGCUGCUACCGGGUUAAAAUCAAUCUGUGCAUUAAUUUCAGGAGACAUUGCACUUUAAAAUUAGUCUGUUCAUUAGCUUAACCCGGUAGCAGAGACAGGCCAAAUUUGUGGCUCUACCAUGUAUCAGCGACGGGCCAAAUUUUUGCCAUGAUAUAAACCCCAAAAAAUAGAUGAUGCAUACAUUGAUCACAAAUGCUUUGAUAUAUUUUAUGAAAUGGUUUGUGUGAGUGAUCAUUUUUCUCGCUUAGAGGGGCCUUUAAGAAACAUGAUCCCCGCAGCUACCGGGUUAAAAGGUCCCAGCACUUAGAAUCUGUCUGUUCGUGUUAAAUUUCCUCUUCUUGUUAAGAUCCUCAUCCGUGUUGGUUAGUUUCAGAGGUCCCAGCACUUAGAAUCCGUUUGUUCGUUAAAUUCCCUCUCCUUGUUAAGAUCCUCAUCCCUGUUCAUUAGUUUCAGAGGUCCCUGCAUUUAGAAUCUGUCUGUUCGUUAAAUUCCCUCUCCUUGUUAAGAUCCUCGUCCGUGCACUUAGAAUCUGUCUGUUCGUUAAAUUCCCUCUCCUCAUUAAGAUCCUCAUCCCUGUUCAUUAGUUUCAGAGGUCCCUGCAUUUAGAAUCUGUCUGUUCGUUACGUUCCCUCGCCUCGUUAAAAUCUCGUCCUGGACACAGACACACAGCACAGUUCGUCUAAUUCCAUGUUUAUUUUGGUAUCCUUCCGUACAGACUUAAGUUAGACAUUAGAUAUAAAAUAAAGCGGCGCGUCUGUGCGUUGCCGGCCUCUUCGCCUCGGCUGCGCACAAACCUUGACAAUGCCUUAGAGAAAAGUUGACCAGAUUUCCACAUUAAAGCAAGAGCCUCAAUGGAUAAUAGAGUUCAUCCCUUCCUGUCCCUGGCCGGUGAACAGCAGCUCUGGACGUCACUAACAGCGGGAUGGAUGAAUGGUUGAGUCCUUUCCUUUUUUCUCGUAUUCUUCCUUCCUUUUUCUACUUUCCGUUUCCUUUCCUUCCUCUUCUCGUAUUCUUGAUCCUCUUUCUUCUCCUUGUUUUCUUCUCUUCCUCUUCCAUUUUCUUCUUCAUCUUCCUGCUCCUUCCUAUUCUUUAUUUUGUUUCUUCUUUCUCUGUCAUCUUAACCUACAGAACAUGUCUACAUUUUCAUUUUGUUCCUCAUCCUUCUUCACCAUUUCCUUCUCCUCCUAUUGCUCCACCUCCUAUCUGUUUUUCAUUUUCCUCUUUCUCUGACCUCCUCCUCUCUCGUUUCUCAUCCUACAGUCAAUUUUUUGCAGUUUUGUUCCCACUGCAAAGAAGGAAAGUUCACGAAUGAGAAGUCCAGAGGAGAGAGGGCGUAAGAGUCGAAGUGCGUGUUUAGCUUGCACUGGGAAAGGCAGACCAGACCACACACCCCAGGAUGAAUAAGAUGUAUGUUUCAAGGGAAAAGUGACUCUCAGUACAACAUAUACAAGGUCACUUUUCCCUUGCAUCUUGUUUCUUGUUCUUCCUGUCCCUUACGCUCCUCCUAUGAACGCCUCAAAUGUUUUCCUUACCAAUAUAUAUGUGUGUGUGAGUGAGUGUGUGUGAGUGAGUGUGUGAGUGUGAGUGUGUGUGUGAGAGUGUGUGUGUGUGUGUGUGUGAGUGUGUGUGUGUGUGUGUGUGAGUGUGUGUGUAUGAGUGUGUGAGUGUGUGUGUGAGUGUGAGUGUGUGUGUGUGUGUGUGUGUGUGUGUGUGUGU